AGGCGGAGGGCGGGAUAAAGCGGCAACUAGGAAGUGAAGCUGAUGUUGAAACAGAACGAUGUUUACUCAUAGACAGUAUAUGUGUUUACUGUAGUUUUAUACCGUUAACUUUCCAUUGUUUGCAUCGCGGGAUUACCGUUAGCUUGACACACGAUAGCUAAAACGGAACCGAACAUGCAGUCUGUACGAAAACGUCGAGGCAACGAUUUACACACAAACCAAACUAGCACUCCUGGUGGUUUGAAGGAACAUGUGCCACAGCACUUUCACUUUGACCUGUGGUUCUGCCUGACUCUGCAGAACUGGAUACUGGACUUUGGAAGGCCUAUUGUCAUGAUUAUCCUUCCUCUGGAGUGGUUUCCCCUGAACAAGCCCAGUGCUGGAGACUAUUUCCACAUGGCCUACAAUGUCAUAACACCAUUCUUAAUGCUCAAGCUGAUUGAGCGCAGUCCCAGGGCGCUGUCUCGCUCAGCAGUCUACCUCUGCAUCAUCACGUUUGUCAUGGGAGCCAGCAUCCACCUAGUGGGCGACUCCAUUAACCAUCGGCUCCUCCUGAGUGGCUACCAGCUCCACCUGUCAGUCAGAGAGAACCCCAUCAUCAAAGACCUCAAACCUGCCUCACUGAUUGACUCCUUUGAGCUGCUGUAUUAUUAUGAUGAACAGCUGGGACACCUAAUGUGGUAUAUUCCUUUCUUCAUCAUUCUGUACAUCUAUUUCACCGGCUGCUUCACCAAGGCCAAAGAACAGAACAAGAUUCCCGUCUCUGGUUGGCUGUUGCUGGGACCCAGCGCAGUCUAUUAUUGGUACUUGGUCACUGAAGGACAAAUCACUGAACUUUUCCUCCUCACCUUCCUUGCCAUGGUUGUCAUGGUGAUACAUCAACAGCGUAAAGGCCUCAGCCCAGACAGCAAUGGCCUGUUCCUGUUCUGUAGUUUCAGUGUUACUGUGCUGCUGGUGGCACUGUGGGUGGUCUAUCUGUGGAACGACCCGGUGCUACGCAACAAGUACCCCGGACUCAUUUAUGUGCCAGAACCCUGGUCCUACUACACCUUACAUAUCAAGAAGAACCACUGAAUUACAUCUGUCCAGCAGAUUUGCUGAGACAGAGGUAGUGGCUGCACUCGGACAACAACGGCAAUCGAUGAAGGUUGUUGAUGUGCACCGACCUCACUGUUGAACACAAGGUUCUGCUGUCUUCAGCCAUAUGUAUUCAGAAGGGGAUUUGUCUCCUCUGUCUAUUUCUAUAUUGAUACACACAGACUUUAACAGGUUGGAAUUGUUAUGUUUGGUCUGUAUUUGCACAUGCAAUCAGAUAAAACCAGGACAGGGAUUACCCCGCAAAA